GCCUUCGGGAAGCGGCAGGCGGCCGAGGAGGAGCGCUACUUCAGGGAGAGGGAGAGGGAACAGCUGGCAGCUCUGAGGAAACACCAUGAGGAAGAAAUCGAUCACCACAAGAAACAGAUAGAUCUUCUGCAAAAAGAAAUCGAGCGUCACAAGUACAAGAUCAAGAAGCUUAAAAAUGAUGAUGACUAAACCGCCAGUGUCUGUUGUGGUUUUCUUCCAUAUGCAGCCAAUAAGUGUUUCGUUGUUGUUGUUGUUGCUGCAUUGAAGACUACAUGCUUUAGCCAACAUAAUCUGGGUUUGCACCAUUAUAAUAUGGACUGCAGAAAAAUCAAAUAAACUCAAAGAAUCCAACAA